CCGGGCUACUGCUUUAGACCGCGUUUCCCGGCUCUGGUUCUUGCUUCAACAGUGUUUGGACGGAACCUAUCCGGAACCUCUCGUCUUCCUGCAGACCACUAUCCCCUGGGGCUCUAGCCGUCACCAGCUUCCGGGACCAGCUGCCACCAGCAUCCGGGACCAACCCCCUCUCCGCCGCCGCUGCCAUGAGUUCCACGUCCCAGAUCCGCCAGAACUACUCCCCCGAGGCCGAGGCCGCUGUCAACCGCCUGGCCAACCUCUUCCUGCAGGCCUCCUACACCUACCUGUCCCUGGGUUUCUAUUUCGACCGGGACGAUGUCGCCCUGGCCAAGAUGUCAACCUUUUUCCGGGAACUGUCCAGGGAGAAGCGCGAGGACGCCGAGCGCCUCCUGCGCCUCCAGAACCAGCGUGGGGGCCGCGUGCACCUCCAGGCCGUGGUGAAACCUGCCCAAGACGAGUGGGGCGGCAGCAGGGAUGCCAUCGAGUCCGCGCUGAACCUGGAAAAGGGCCUGAACCAGACCCUCCUGAAGCUGCACGCGCUGGCUUCCAGCCAGGGGGAUCCUCAUCUCUGUGACUUCCUGGAGAGCCACUACCUGGAGGAGGAGGUGAAGCUGCUCAAGCGCCUGGGUGACCACCUGACCUCCCUGGGCCAUGUGCAAAGCCAGGGCGGCCUGGGCGAGUACCUGUUCGAGAGGCUGAGCCUGAAUGACGACUAGGGGGGCUUAAGCAAAGGAGUGCAGAACCCCAAAUAAAGCUCUUUGGCUUGCCCUCAGUGGGCCGCUGCCUGA